AAACACCUAGAGAAGAGAGAGACAGAGAGCUUCCACAGACCUCACUUCUAAUUCAACGUUGAUAGACACACCGAUUAAUGCUUCUAGAGAUUGUGCUUGUGUGCCGAAGCAACAAAUUCAUCUAUAGAACAUAAUUAGAACUCUUUUUACGCGUUUGUGCAUUAGUUAUUUAGUCAAUAGAAAAUAUGCCAACCUUGAUUAAAGGAGGGAAGGUGGUAAAUGAGGACUUCUCUGUGAUGGCAGACGUGUAUAUUGAAGAUGGAGUUAUCAGUGCAGUUGGCUCAGAUCUGCAGGUAGCAGCUGGCACGCGGGUCAUUGAUGCCACAGACAGACUCGUGCUGCCGGGUGGAAUAGACACGCACACACACAUGGAGCUGUCGUUCAUGGGCACCACAGCUGUGGAUGACUUUCAGACAGGUACCAAGGCCGCAGUCGCAGGAGGCACCACCAUGAUCCUGGACUUUGUCAUCCCACAGAAGGGGUGUUCACUCUUGGAAGCCUAUGAGCGGUGGAGAAGAACAGCUGACCCCAAAGUCUGCUGCGAUUACUCCCUUCAUAUGGCUGUAACCUGGUGGGAUGACACUGUCAAGAAGGAAAUGGAGACUCUUGUUCGUGAAAAAGGUGUCAACUCUUUUAAGAUGUUCAUGGCGUACAAAGAUGUCUUCAUGCUGCGUGACCAUGAGCUCUAUGCUGUAUUCUCACAGUGUAAAGAAAUCGGAGCAAUAGCUCAAGUCCAUGCAGAGAAUGGAGACCUUAUUGCAGAGGGUGCUAAGCGUAUGCUCUCUCUGGGCAUCACGGGUCCUGAGGGCCAUGAGAUGUGUCGUCCGGAGGAAGUGGAGGCGGAGGCCACACAGCGCGCCAUUACCAUCGCCCAUGCCGCCAACUGCCCGCUCUACGUGGUGCACGUCAUGAGCAAAUCUGCAGCGAAGGUGGUGGCUAAUGCACGCAGAAAUGGUCGAGUGGUAUUUGGAGAGCCUAUUGCGGCUGGACUGGGCACAGAUGGCACUCACUAUUGGCAUAAGAAUUGGGCUCAUGCUGCUGGUUUUGUCAUGGGCCCACCCUUGAGACCAGACCCCAGCACCCCUGGAUAUCUGAUGGAUCUGCUGGCCAAUGACGAUCUAAGCGUAACAGGAACGGAUAACUGCACAUUCUCUGUGUGCCAGAAGGCCCUUGGUAAAGACGACUUUACUAGAAUCCCAAACGGAGUCAAUGGCGUUGAAGACAGGAUGUCUGUUAUAUGGGAGAAGGGAGUGCACAGCGGAAAAAUGGAUGAAAACCGGUUUGUAGCUGUCACCAGUACUAACGCAGCAAAAAUCUUCAACCUUUAUCCUCGAAAAGGGAGAAUUGCUAAAGGCUCUGAUGCAGAUCUGGUCAUAUGGGACCCAAAGGCCACCAGGGUGAUUUCAGCAAAGACUCACCACCAGGCUGUGGACUAUAACAUCUUUGAGGGAAUGCUGUGUCACGGGCUUCCUGUGGUCACGAUCUCCAGAGGGAAGGUGGUUUAUGAAAACGGGCAACUCUUCACAAAGCCGGGCGAGGGACAAUACAUCCCACGCAAACCCUUCGCUGAAUUUGUGUAUAAGAGAAUUAAUCAGCGGGAAAAGGUUGGAAAGCCCAGCGCUGUGUGCAGAGAACCGUACACUGGAGAAAUCAUAUCUAUAGCCCAGAAAAGACCCUGAAUCACGGAAGAAAUGUUUUAGAUGAAUGUGCAGUAUUCAUU